UGGACCCUGACGCAUUCAUACUUUGUCGUCAUAGAUGGUUUCCGAGUCGACUCGGGACUGGAAUUGCCGGUGGAUGACUUGCAGAAAUAUCCUGCCAUAAUUGAGAAGACGGGGAAUACUAGGAAGGCCGCAAUAACAAAGAAACAAAUUCUUGACAGAAGCAAAGGGGACCCAUUUUCCAAAUUUAUCAUUGUCGUUCAGCUGCUAUGGUUUAUCACUCAAUACGUCGGACGGUGGGCAAGCCAUUUACAAAGAUCGCAACUGGAGACAAUGACGCUCGCGUACGCGGCAUUAUGCGUCUUUCUUUAUGUGUUGUGGUGGCAUAAACCCGUUAACAUUCAAUUCCCAAUCUAUGUGAUGGAAGAGUCCCCU